GUAGCCAGCCCGGAGGUGACAGGCAGUAGCUGUUGUUGUCAGUGUGUUGUUAUAAACCUCUGAGAUUCUGCAUGUUUUUAUUGCCAGCGCCAUUUAAAGUUGAAAAACUAUGGACCCCGCCAUAAUUAUUCCUAAAGACGCGACUAAAUGGGACAUUCGCCAAAAAGUGUGGGAUUACAUCGAGGCGAAAGAUCUGGCAACCUUCCCCCGACCUGUGCACCACAGGAUCCCUAACUUCAAGGGAGCUCAGGGGGCGUGUGGGAAGAUGGUGGGAUUUGACUUCUUCACCAAAUGCAGUGAAGUCAAAGUGGAUCCUGAUAAACCUCUGGAAGGAGCUCGAUUCGCAGCUCUACAGGCUGGAAAAACACUGCUGGUCCCGACGCCUCGGCUACGGACAGGCCUGUUUAACAGAAUCGUCCCUCCACAGAGAGCCACCAAGGAGGACCUGCGAGUGUGCUCGACAUCUCAGGGUGUUAAGGAGUUCAGUGUUCCAGUUGGUCUGGACUCGAGAGUUCACGUAGACCUGGUAGUCGUCGGAUCUGUCGCCGUAUCGGAGAAAGGUUACAGAAUAGGGAAAGGUGAAGGAUUCGCCGACAUGGAAUAUGCCAUGAUGGUCUCGAUGGGAGCAGUGAACGACUCCACCGUGGUUGUGACCGCUGUUCAUGACUGCCAGGUUGUGGAUAUUCCAGAGGGACUUGCAGAAAGUCACGAUCUCACCGUGGACUACAUCCUCACACCAAGCAGGACCAUCAAGACUGAGUGUGAGGUCCCCAAACCACAGGGCAUCAUUUGGUCAAAGCUAGAUGCAGAAAUGCUGGAGAAAAUUCCCAUCCUGAAGAAACUGCGUGCCUCGGAGCAGAAGGCUGGAAAGGAUGUGAGGUUGAAAGUCUCUUCUGCUGAAAGUGUGAAGACAAAACAGGAGCAUAAACCCAAACCCAAACCCGAGCCCAGUCCUGCUUCAGAACCCGACCCGAGGCGAGACGGCGGACUUCAGCUUCCUGGCUCGGGUGAAGAACCCGAUGCGAGUCGUGAACGUUCUCAUGCUCAUGUGAACACGCUGUAUUUAGGCGGUCUUCCUGCUGGACUGCGGGUGAGCGAGCUGAAGGGUUUCCUCAGAGAGCGGGAUGCUCUACCUGUUAGACUGACCUGGCAGGGAGCACAGCGCAGGGCGUUCCUCUGUUACUCUGACGAGCGAGCUUCGGAUCAGGCUCUGGAUGCUCUGCAGGGGCUCUGCGUUAACGGCCACGUGCUGCACAUAGAGCGAGCCAAAAGCCAGAAAAGCUUCCCUAGACCUGGUGCUUCUAAAAACAUAGCAAGAACAAACCUGAAGGAAAAUCUCAGACUAGAGAAUCCACCAGAACCAGCAUCAGCAGCGUCCCAGAGGAGAGGUUGGAGGAAAAAUCCGGAAAAUGUGACAUUUCAGGGGGAGAAGUGACGCAUGAAACUUGACAAAAACGAAUGUUUCUGGAAAUAAAAUUCAGAAAUCCAUAAGAUCAUUAGCAUGUUAUAUCAGAAUAUUUAAUAAAGGUGAGCUUUAUUAAUGUCCUUCAUCAGCAAAUGAACAUUUUCUUACAGAACACGUCACCAAGCAACGUGUCUGUCCCUGCCCCGACAACAUCGUAUCAGAGCGAACACAUUAAUAUAAAUCUGUGAUAUGUCCUGCAACCCCACGCAAAUGUUACAGAAAACUAAUCAACAUCUCCAGAACAAUCAGAAUCAACAGUUCAACAGCACUCUGAUAUAAAUGCAACAAUUCACCAAAAUGUCUGCUGAGUUUCUUUUCGUUUAUUUUUAAAGCUUCUGUUACAUUUUUUUCUGGCCCAGAAAUGAUCUCUGUCUGCUGACCUUUCACUUUUAUUUAUGAGGCAUAUGUCAUUUCAACAGAAAGGGUUAAGGUAGAUGGUAUAAUAUACACUGAUCAGCCAUAAUAUUAUGACCACCUGCUUAAGCCCUGACCUGUUGAGGCAUGGACUCCACUAGAUCCCUAAAGGUGUGCUGUGGUAUCUGGCACCAAGAUGUAGGCAGCAGAUAAUUUUGUAAUAAAUCAGCUUCCGCAUAGUGGCUUCACAGCUCCAGGGUCUACGGUUCGAUCCUGAGCUCGGGAUGUCUGUCUGUUCUUUCUUCCACAUGAUCUGUCCUGUCCUGAUGUGUUUCCUUUGGGUUCUCCGCUUUCCUCAUACCUCCCAUAAACGUGCCGUAAAGUGCUAUGGAUAGAUAUCCCAUGCCGUUUGUGUUCCCGCUUCACUCACAGCAUUCCCAGGAUAGUCCCUGGAUCUGGUGUGACCCUGACAAGGACAAAGCACUAAUGAAUGAAUGGUCAGUGUCUUUAUCCAAUGAGUGACGGACAUUUAUUUAUAAGCAUUCAGUAGUUAUACUGGUCAUAGUCAUAGUGGAUCCGGAGCCUAUCCCGGGAAUAGUGUUUGAAGUGGGAAUACACUCUGGACAUGACACACGAUGAAAUGUUCUUAUCAUUAGAUUACAUCGCUGAUGUUGACGUCUCCAGUCCGGGGUUUCAUCACGUUCCUUCUGUGUCUACGUGUGAUGCUUCCAAAAAGAAAAAAAACAAACAAAAAUCUCCGCCAAGUCGUGUACCGAGAGCAAUUCCAAAUCUGUUCCACUCGAAUCCGUCCUGAUCCCUUUCUCCAGGCGGUUUUACCCAAGGCUGCUGUUUAAGAAGUUUUGAGGCCUGCUUCGCUUGUGCGGUUCUGCGAUCCUCUCUCAGGGCUUGCCAUGUUCUAUGGUUCAUGCCACACUGAAACAUGAGCUUCCUCCGGAAACAUUCUUCAUUUCUGCUGGCAGAGCUUUGAGUUAAUGAUGGGAAAAUCCUCCAUUUUUUUCUUUCACUGACUCUUGAUUGAAUUAGGAACAUUGAUUUGCAAAGAAUGGAAGGUUUCAGCCAAGGUGAGGCGUUUCUUAGGUUUUCAUUUUGACUUUUUCCGAUACGUUUUCACGCUUCGCUUGCUGUUAAGGAAAAUACCCCUGCGCUGUAAUUUAUGUAUCUUCAGAAGUGAAACUGGAUCGUUAUAGAAAUCGGCCAAAAUUGAUAUUUAUACAAAAUUGCUGUAUAAAUAGCAGUCUAGAUGUAUUAAGUCAGGAAAGAUUCAUUUGGUGUUGGAUGUUAUGUCUUUGGUUUUGUACUGGUGUAACGAGACAAAUAAGGAGGACAAGUAAGAGAAGCUUACAGCCACUGGUUUAGCGUAGUGUUUAUAAUCUUCAUGGCUAUUUCUUUUUAUCUACAUCAGACUUCCAGCUCUAGCUCUAAAACCUCACCAGAACUCGCACAACACGUUUUACCUGAUGUUUUUAAAUUUGUAGAAAUAUGUCAACACUGUUAUCAUAAAAAAUAAGUUACUAUAGAAGUGUAAAUUCUAUACUUCAGAUGGACACUAUAUUGCCAAAAGAUUUGGGACAUUUGCCUUCACAUACAAUUCCCAUAAACACACUGCUAAACCUUCACAGAAGCUGCAAAGGGUGGGCCAACUCCAUAUCACAUUCAUGUGCAUGUGAAGGUAGAUGUCCCAAAACUUUUGGCAACAUAGUGUGCGAUAAAAAAUGUUCAUCAACGAGCUCUAUCUGUGUAAUCUAGACUACUAAAACUAACAACCACAUAUCUCAAAUCUGGCUCAACUAUUAUUUGCUCAUUUUAAUGUGUUUGUAGACUAAAGAAAAUGAAUGGAACAGGAACAUCCCCAAACUGUUCCCACAAAGUUGGGAGCAUGAAAUUGUCCAAAAUGUCUUGGUAUGAAGCUGAAGCAUUAAGAGUUCCUUUCACUGGAAAUUGGGCGUCCCAAAACUUUUGCCAAAACAGUGUCAAUUUGGAAAGGAAUUUCACCUUUCAGCAAAACAAUAACCCAAACCAUUCAUCCAAAUCAAUAAAGCAAUACCUUCAACGUUUUUGACUGACCUAACCAGAGUCCAGAUCUGACUCUCAAGCAGGCUGUGCUCAGGAGAUGACCUUAAAAUUGAAAUGCUAGUAGGGAAGUGUGCGGAAAUAUCGCCAUCGUCAACUUAAUAUACGCCUCUCUGAUAGACUCCUCCCCUAAAAUGAUUGGUGUAAAUAAAAUCAAAAGGUGCUUCAACAAAGCAUUAAUCUAGAUUUUUGUAAAUGUUUUGAAUGUUUCUGAUUGUUUUUAACUGUAAUUUCAAAGGCAGAAUGGAAAAAGUUCUAACAUGAUUUAUCUUAGUUUCAUCCCCCCCCAUCAAACAGACUUGCCAUCUUAACAGAGUUGUGAAGAUUUUUAUACCCAGUGUACAUGCAUCGACUGUCUUUCAUUUCUAAAACCAAAAGUAUUCCACUGGCCCACAGAAUCGCUGCCUUCACCGUGGCUGCUGAAUCAAAACAAAUCGUCCAGGCUCCGUUCGGACGGGAUUAGUUUUACACUAAUGGUGUGUGUGUGUGAGAGUAACUUCAUUUUUUACAGGUGCUGCAGGUUGUGAUUUUCGGCUGUGUCUCUGUUUUGCUUCUUUCACCUCUCAUUCCAGAAAAUUCCAGCCGAACAUACU